CCCGGCACACCCCGCGCCGUCUCCCUGGCAACAGCGCUCUGCAGCCGGGACGCGCGGUGGUCGCGAGCUCGGCCAGCGCUACUUCCCCGACGAGAGGCGGCUGCUCGUGCGUCCCGGAUAAGGGCGGGACCCUCCAGCCGCGAAGGCAUUGACUGUUGCUACUUGGAUGAAUUUGACCAUCUCCCAGGAGACUUGAAUGUUUAGUUUCUAUAAACAAGUAAACAGCUCUCUCUUGCUUGGAGCAAUGCUGAAAUUCCAGGAGGCUGCCAAAUGUGUGAGGGGAUCAGUAACUGUUUCCUCGUGCCCGGAGCCCCUGAUUGCGAGAAGAUAUGUGCUUCUACAGAAACUUGGCAGCGGAAGUUUUGGAACUGUCUAUCUGGUUUCAGACAAGAAAGCCAAACAAGGAGAGGAAUUAAAGGUACUGAAGGAAAUCUGUGUGGGAGAACUCAAUCCAAACGAGACUGUGCAGGCCAGUUUGGAGGCCCAGCUCCUCUCCAAGCUGGACCACCCAACCAUUGUCAAGUUCCAUGCAAGCUUUGUGGAACAGGAUAACUUCUGCAUUAUCACAGAGUACUGUGAGGGCCGAGAUCUGGACUGUAAAAUUCAGGAAUAUAAAGAAGCUGGGAAAACCUUUCCAGAGACUCAGGUAACAGAAUGGUUUAUCCAGCUGUUGCUGGGAGUUGACUACAUGCACGAAAGGAGGAUACUCCAUCGAGACUUGAAAUCAAAGAAUAUAUUUCUGAAAAAUAAUCUACUUAAAAUUGGGGAUUUUGGAGUUUCCCGACUCCUAGUGGGCUCCUGCGAUCUCGCCACCACUUUAGCUGGAACUCCCCAUUAUAUGAGUCCAGAGGCUCUGAAACACCAGGGCUACGACACAAAGUCUGACAUCUGGUCUCUGGCGUGCAUUUUGUACGAGAUGUGCUGCCUGAACCACGCAUUCGCAGGCUCCAGUUUCUUGUCCGUGGUUUUAAAGAUUGUGGAAGGCAGCACACCGUCCCUCCCCGCGACGUACCCCAGAGAGCUGAACGCCAUCAUGGAAAGCAUGUUGAACAAGAGUCCUUCAUUGAGACCAUCUGCUAUAGAAAUUUUAAAACUUCCUUACAUCGAUGCACAACUACAGCAUCUGAUGUGUCACUAUUCGGAAAUCACGCUGGAAGACAAGAAUUUGAAUUGUCAGAAGGAGGCUGCUUAUAUAAUUAAUGCCGUGCAGAGAAAGCUCCACCUGCAGACUCUGCGGGCACUGUCGGAAGUGCAGAAGAUGACCCCGAGAGAGCGGAUGCGGCUGAGGAAGGUCCAGGCGGCUGACGAGGAGGCCGGGAAGCUGAAAAAGCUUGCGGAAGAAAAGUAUGAAGAAAACAACAAACGAAUGCAGGAGCUGAGACGUGGGAACUUCCAGCAGCUAACUGCUGACGCGCUCCAUGAAUUUGAUGCCCCAGCUGCAGAGGACCUGCCUGCAUCUCAGCCCAUUCCUUCCCUGGACCUUGGCACACGGGAGUCAAGUGUGGAGGACACCAUAGCUGACCUUGGAGAUCAUGAGAUCCCAGAAGACCCACUUGUGGCUGAAGAGUAUUACGCUGAUGCCUUUGACUCCUGUUCUGAAGAAAGUGAGGAAGAGGAAGAAAAUACAGUGUUCUCGGCAGGGGAGGAAGAGGUCAAGGAUGAGGAACCCCAGCCUGCGUACAGGACAAACCAACAGCGCUGCAGCCGUGGAUUCUGUAAUCCUGGACCACAGGCUGAGAAGCAGCCCCGCACAUGAUUUUGCUGUUGGGCAUCUGCAAGAGUUACAUGAGGAUGAAGCAGAUGGCUUUGGACAACUUAUGUUCAGGUAUCUGAUUUCCUUCUUAGGCCAUAACCUGAUCAUCUUCCCAGUCCUAAACUUCUGUAAGGCACAGUAGCAUUUUACUAACUGGGAACCAUUAUGCUUGUAAGAUAAAAGUCAAUCAAGGGGUGCUUAUGUCAAUGGAGGCUUAAUUCAGGAGGAUUCACUGAAGGUUGUACGCAAUCCACUCAGUCAUCUUUAAUGAAGACUAAGUAAUGCAUCAUAAUAUUCAGUGAAUAAAACAGAUAGGAAAUGUUCUCAAGUUCUCCAUAAGAAAAGGAGAGAGAGGCAGGGAGAAAGGAAUAGCUGGGUGUGGAUAUGGGGCUGAGCAGAAAGGGAUGAGAGAAAGAGAAAGCAUGAGAGAGAGAAACCAAGAGAGAAGCACAUGAAGAGAGAAACAAACAAAUAUUGAGACAAAUGCAGAGUCAAGGCAGGGGUGACUGAGCAUGCCAAAAUAAAACCCUUUCCUUACACCAUUUCCUCAUUUCUCCAGUGGGCUCUGGUGAACAGCAGCACCUCCCACCACACACUGAAAAUACCAUUUCCAUUUGCUUCUGUGCUGCUGUCCUAGCCAACUGAAACAAAUAUUAUUGCAACAUUACAGAGCCUUCAUUCUCUGCCUACGGUUGCAAAACACACAAUACACAAAAUGCAUACUCCACUUUUGUCCAAAACAUGGACAUUAUUACUUUAAAACUUUUUAAAUAAAAUAAACCUGACUUCAGAAAACCAAAUGAGUAAAAUAUAUGGCAAACACCUCCCAGGUCUUAAAAUAGAACUUUGCUGGCCACUCCAGAAGUUCUGUCUUUGUGGUACUUGUUAAAACAUAGGGUUGGAUGCAACUGACAGGGGCUUAAUUUCCAGAUAUAUCAAUAGCUCAUACAGCUCAGUAACAAAAAACCAAAUGUCCAAAAAUGGGCAGAAGACCUAAA